CUUCUUCAAAAUGGCUUUGCAUACUCCUCCCACCUCUCACCUCCACUUCCAGAUUCGCCGUCAAAACCUCUCCCGCAUCCGUUAUCGACUCCCCUAUUCGCCGCCGCCAAAUCUCACCUUCAGCGUCCCUCCCUCGCACUCCCUCCGCGUUUCUCUUCGUCAUCACUCCAUUACUCCAUUAUGCAGAUGUGCAUCAGUUACGUCUUCGGAUUCUUUCGAUUCGGAUUCGGAUCAAGACUAUGCUUCUCAACCACAUCAGAUCCCUCAACAAAAUAAGGUUGCUUUUUUGGAGCUCCUGAAGAAAUCAAGUUCGUUUUUGCCUCAUGUAACCAUCGCCAGUACGCUGUUGGCUCUUGUCUUUCCACCCUCUUUCACAUGGUUUACAAACAGGUACUAUGCACCGGCAUUGGGUUUCUUGAUGUUUGCAGUUGGGGUUAAUUCCAGUGAAAAGGAUUUUCUUGAAGCUUUCAAGAGACCAGCGGCUAUAAUUGCUGGUUAUAUUGGCCAAUUUGUUGUCAAGCCUCUUCUUGGAUAUGUUUUUGGCAUUAUCUCAGUAUCAUUAUUUGGUCUUCCAACUCCAGUAGGUGCGGGGAUUAUGUUGGUAUCUUGUGUUAGUGGCGCCCAGCUCUCAAACUAUGCUACUUUUCUUACCGACCCGCCAAUGGCUCCUCUAAGCAUUGUCAUGACAUCGUUGUCUACUGCUACUGCUGUAUUUGUUACACCGUUCUUAUCGCUUCUGCUCAUUGGAAAGAGACUGCCAGUUGAUGUAAAGGGAAUGAUAUCCAGCAUACUGCAGAUUGUAGUUACACCAAUUGUUACAGGCUUGCUUUUGAAUAGGUUUCUUCCCCAAAUAUGUAAUGCUAUUCGCCCAUUUCUGCCUCCGCUAUCAGUAUUAGUAACAGCGUGUUGUGUUGGAGCACCACUUGCCAUUAACAUCGAGUCUGUUCUGUCUCCUUUUGGAUUAACCAUUUUGUUGAUUGUUACCACAUUUCAUUUGAUGGCAUUUAUAGCUGGGUAUUUUCUUACCGGCAUAGCUUUUUAUGGGGCACCUGAUGUUAAACCAUUACAAAGAACACUAUCCUACGAGACAGGAAUGCAAAGCAGUCUUCUGGCCCUUGCACUUGCUAAUAGAUUUUUCCAAGAUCCACUUGUGGGAGUUCCUCCAGCAAUAUCUACUGUGAUCAUGUCUUUGAUGGGUUUCUCCCUUGUCAUGGUUUGGACCAAAAGAAAAGAAUAAAUUCAGGUAGAUCUCAAAGUGGAUGUCUUGCAUACGACUCGGAGUAUGAAUUGAUAAAGAUUUUGGAGUACAACAACUUCAAAUUCUACCUUCUCCUUUAUGCCUCAUUUUUACUGAUGAGAGUUUUCUUUCAAUAGAUUGUACUCUGUAUCAACUCAUUUUGUAUACAGCCUAGUGUCUCUUAAGUUUGACUGAAUAUAUAUAGAGACGUCAAAGUGUCUUUCAUAAGAACGGGUUUCCUAAGCCUAGAUCUAAAUAGAUGGCGGAAUUGGAAUUGGAAUUGGAAUUGGAAUGGGAAUGGGUACCAACCCAAAAGAGCCCAAAGGAAACAGAAACAGAACAAAGUCAACAAACAAAGAGCUUUAGAAGAAACUAUCCAUCCAGGACUCAAAGGCUUAAGCACGAACAAACUACCUUAUCCAAUACAAACAAGUCCUCAAAUCUCUGACCGAAGUUCUAGUUAUUCUCACUCCCACAGCUUCAAAGCUUACACUGAAAAUCUUUAAACAAAACCCUGAACCCAGAAGGCUAUGAACUCCUUGCUUCAUCUCCCUAAACCCCAUUUCCCUCCAACCUUCCCUACACACCCAAAGCGCCGAACCCAACUCUCAAAGUCCCUUAGUCUCAAUGACCCCAAAACCAUGGCGGGUCUACUCGGGGCGGGUCUGACGCUGACCCUGACCGUUAUGGCACCCGCCUCAGCCGCUGAGUUACCGUUACUGGAUUCUCUGCAGCUCAGUGAACCUGCCAAUGCCCUCUCCCUGCCUACCUGGGCCAUACACGUGUCCAGUGUCGUUGAGUGCAAUGGUGUUGGUGUGGCAGUAUGGUGAAAAGUCCGGGUUCGAAUCGUGGAAAGGGCUGGCUUGGGGUAUGGUAUUGGUGGCUCUUCAAGCAGCCCUGACUGUUAUAGGCAACACCACAAUGUGUUUUGCUGCAUAUCGUAUUUACAGAUCAACUGAAGAACGCUCCAAGCUUUGAAGUUGCUACAGAACAGACAAAUCUCUUCCAGUUCUAGCUUCAGUCAGGUGCCUAAGGAAAGAAAGCAAUUUGUUCAUCAGGGUAGCAAGGUUUACAUUUUGAAGAAGAAGAAGUACAGGUUUAUAAAAUCAACCAUAGUAGUCGGUGCGCUUGAGGCAAGAACCAGGAUUUUCACAGUAACAAACACUGAAUAUAAUAUCGAUUUGACUUCAUUUCAUCAUUUGCACGUGAAGAUGGCAUUCCUUUGUACUGAUGAAAAACUGUUGGAGUCUCUUGUUCAGGUGUCACCGUGUUGUGGCCACAAUUCUUCGCAUGAGAAUGAGAAUUAUGAUCUAGCUAGGCUUUAUUCAUUGUGGUGUUGUAAUUGUUUUUUAUGGUCUUCUCUCAAUGUAGUUCUUUCGUGUAGUGUUGAAACUUAAAAUUGAUU